GCGCUCGCUCGCGGAGAGGAGCGAGAUCAAUCCAUUAGUUGUAAUGUUGUGGCUGAUUUAUUAUAGAGAAAUGCUAUCCGCAAGCUCAGGUUCGAAUUACGCCGAGCCUCUCAAGUUACCUGCCUGCCUGCCAGAGAAUCAACUUUCCUUGUGCUGUGAUGCUGUGUAGCCAUGAUGCCACCAGCAGCCAGCCGCAGCAGCCAUUCUUUCAUACCUCCUGCUCCCAAAUUAUCCGCCGCCGCUGCCGCCGCUGCGAGACACCGAAAUUCGGCCCAAACGCGCGCAAUAGAUAAUAUGCCAUGCACGCGGGACCGCAAGAUUUUCCGCCCGCCGCUUGACAUCCAAUCAGCAUCUCGAUUUGUCGCUGCCCGCGUUCAAACGAACCGCUGGAUUUUGGCUUGCCUUUUCUUCGUGGUGUCGGUGACGACCGUGGUAAGAAGUACGCUGAGACUGCGAUGAAUGAGCUGCUGGGCUGGUAUGGCUACGAAAAGGUGGACAGCACUGAGACACAGGGUCUGCAACUGCGGCAGUUCGGUCCGUCGGCCUCGCUGAUUGCCUCGCAGAAGCGGGCCAAAAUGCAACUGGAGGGCGGCCAGAGACGACAUGCCCUUAGCAGGCACCGGCAGAAGGCGGCGGCGGCCACAGCGCCCCCGCCACCACCAGCACCGCCUGACUCAACCGACUCGGAUGACGAAAUCGAUCCUGGCCGAGUUGAAACCCUCUCCACACAAUCCAAAGAACAAAGCCAAUCAGACAUGACGGUUUGUUCGUGGUGCCACCAGCUAGGUGCUCACAUUUUCGACAACACAACCGGCAAAGACUGCAAGGACCAGAGGGCCUUUUGCUCCGAGCAGUGCUUUUCGCAGUGCAGAAGAGCCACAUUCAAGAGAAACAAAGUCUGCGACUGGUGCAAGCACGUCCGACACUCGACAAACUACAUCGACUUUAAAGACAGCGAGUCGCAGCUGCAGUUUUGCAGCGAAAAGUGUUUGAACCAGUGCAAGAUGAGCAUCUUCUGCAAGGAGGCCCAGGCGCACCUGCAGUCGCAACUAGUCAGCCCGGACCCCUUGGCGCCGAGCAGCAGUGGCAACGGCACCCUCAUCACGCCCGAAUUGUGGCUCAAAGACUGCAAGAACAGCGACGACGACGCCUCGGGCUUUGCCGGCUCCGUGUCGCCAAAAUCAUCAAUCUCGUCACGCAGCAGCAACCGGUCCGUCAGUCCGACGCAGCUGCCGCCUCCACCAAUUGCCUCCACCUCCGCCACAUGCACCACGCCGUCCCCAAAAAAUUCUGCAAUGCCAGUCAAACACAAGUUGGCGGAUAGGGAGAAGAAGUACAAAGAAACGUCAGCCGCGCCACCCCCCGCCCCAUUUCCGAUGGGUGGCCUGCCCCCUGACCCCGCUGUCACGUUUCCCCUUCCCCCGCCACCCCGUUUCCCUGAACAGUUCUGCUUCCCGUCACUGCGACCUCCGUUCCCUCCCUUCCUGAGGCAUCCCUUUGGUUUGGGGGUGGGCCCAUUCGCGGGUGGUGGCCUCUCCAUGAGGUCCCCGAUGCCCCCAGUGACGGUGAUGCUGCCCUGUCCGAUCCCCUUGCCCAUUCCCAUCCCGAUACCCAUAAUCCUUCCCCUCUUCAACCUUCCGUCCAUUUCCCCUCCGCCGUCUCCUCGACCGGAGGUGGCUGUUGCUGCUGCAGCUGCUGAUCCUCCGACCGUGGCUAACAAGGAGGGAAUUGUAGAAGAGGAAGAAGACUCGCCGCCGGAGCCGUGUCCGCCCAAGAAAAAGAAGAAACAGAAAUCCGCGUGAAGGAUCGCGCCUCUGCUCUAAUUUUACUCUGGAAAUGUGUACUUCUGAUUUUUUGAUUAAAACGUGUAGAUCACUAAUUACUUUAUUGAUA